GGGCUUUUGCCCGCCUUCUUGAGUUCUGAGGAGCGGCUCGACGGCCCUGUUGAACAAUGGCGAGUGGGCAGGAGCGUGUUGUCGCCCUCGUGGAUAUGGACUGCUUCUUUGUACAAGUGGAGCAGAGGCAGAACCCCGAGCUGCGGAACAAACCCUGUGCAGUUGUGCAGUACAAAUCGUGGAAGGGCGGCGGAAUAAUCGCAGUUAGCUACGAAGCGCGUGCAUUUGGAGUCAGAAGAAGCAUGUGGGCCGACGAUGCCAAGAAGUUGUGCCCAGACCUUUUAUUAGCCCAAGUUCGGGAAACCCGUGGAAAAGCUAAUCUCACCAAGUAUCGGGAGGCCAGCGUGAAAGUAAUGGAGGUGAUGUCCCGUUUCGCUGUGAUCGAACGCGCCAGCAUCGACGAGGCCUACGUCGAUCUGACCCACGCGGUACAGGAGAGGCUGCAGAAACUGCAGGGUCAGCCGAUCCCAGCCGAUCUCCUGCCAACUACCUACGUCCAAGGGUUACCUCACGGCUCCGGAGCGGCCCAGGGAGCUCCUCAGAAAGAAGAGACCCGACAGCAAGGUCUGGGCCGGUGGCUUGACUCCCUCCCCUUGGGCGACUCCAGCUCUCCGGACCUGAGGCUCACUGUGGGGGCAGUGAUCGUGGAGGAGAUGAGAGCAGCUGUAGAGACGGAUACCGGCUACCAGUGCUCCGCUGGGAUUUCACACAACAAGGUCCUGGCAAAGCUGGCCUGUGGGUUGAACAAGCCCAACCGCCAGACCCUGCUGUCCCAUGGAUUUGUCCCUGAACUCUUCAGCCAAAUGCCCAUUGGUAAGAUCCGUAGCCUCGGAGGAAAGCUGGGAGCCUCCAUCACCGACACCCUGGGAGUAGAAUACAUGGGUCAACUGACCCAGUUUACUGAAUCCCAGCUGCAGAGUCAUUUUGGAGAGAAGAAUGGGUCGUGGCUGUUUGCCAUGUGCAGAGGAAUUGAACAUGAUCCGGUGAAGCCCAGGCAGUUACCCAAAACUGUUGGCUGUAGCAAGAACUUCCCAGGAAAAACCGCCUUGGCUACUGAGGAGCAGGUGCAGUGGUGGCUCUUGCAGUUAGCCCUGGAGCUGGAGGAGAGGCUGAACAAAGACCGAGACGAUAACGACCGGGUGGCCACCCACCUGUCCGUCAGUGCCCGCGUACAAGGGGACAAGAGACUCAGCAGCCUGCGGCGCGGCUGCCCCCUGACCCGCUACGACGCCCGCAAGAUGAGCAGGGACGCGCUCGCUCUCAUCAGGAGCUGCAACCUGGCUGAAACCCAAGCCGCCUGGUCUCCUCCCCUCACUAUGCUCUUCCUGUGCGCUCACAAGUUCUCUGCUCCUGCCCCUUCCCCCGGCGGGAACAUCACCAGCUUCUUGAGCGGCGACGCGCCCUGCCUCCCGAAGGCAGCGGCUUCCGGUCCGGAUGCGGGACCCCCGGGCGGGAGUCCCAAAGCGGCAGCCCCCAAGAAGGGAGCCAGUGCUCUCGAGGUGCUUUUCCAGAAGGCCGCGGAGAAGCAAAGAGCCCGAGAGGCCCUCCUCGCGUCUCCCCCGGCCCCCGGGGCCUGCACGGCCACCGCGGCCGGCUCACCACUCAAGCCUUCGCCGCCGUUCCUGGGCCGCAGCACGGCCGGGCGGGAACCUUUCUUCAAGGGCGGGCGUCUGGAUGCUGUCAAACCGCAGGACUUCCACAGCGGCCCACCUCCUGUCGCCCCGCUGCAAAGCUCGCAGACCUCCUCCGGCGAGAGGCAGCCCACGUCUGGGAACCCGCCUGAUAAACCCCUGCCUGCCGGAGAGCCCGCCCGCCCUUCCGCCCCCCGGGAGGCUCCAGAAGCCGGGCCGCAGUCGCCAGCAGAGUCGGCUUCGGGCCGAAGCGGGCCGAGCCAGCAGCGGGAGCUGCCCUCCUUCCCCGACUUCCCCGAAUCCGAGCCGGGGACGGCAGCUGCGGCCCCGGGCCUCCCGGACGCUGAGGACCAGGUGUGCUGUGAGAAAUGCGGCUCCCUGGUGCUGGCGUGGGAGAUGCCGGAGCACGCAGACUAUCACUUCGCCGUGGAGCUGCAGAACUCUUUCCUGAACCCCCACCCCCUGGGCCUCCCCACCGCCACUGCCGCCUCCCCUUCCCCGACCAAAAGGACCCCCAAGAGUCCCUUGGCCUCCGCUGCCAAGAGGCCUAGGCCCAAAGGCACCCAGACACUGGAGUCUUUUUUUAAACGGUUAACGCGCUAACCCUUAACGGAGCCUCACUGCCCACCGUGCCCCCAGCGAGAACGCGUCUGGUGGGGACCGGAGAGUGCCGUCUUGGCACUGUGCAAACCACUAGCCCCAGAAUCAGUUCCUCCACGCAGAUCCGUUCGUUGCUCCCGACAGGACAGUCCAUUUCUCUUGGAAACCACGUGAACCAGAGCGGAACUUAAUACCGAGCUCGCCCGAAAGUGGGAGCGUGAUAAAUGGGUACUUCCCGGGACGCUGACGAUGAUCCCUUCUGUUGGACCGCAUCCGUGGACGGCCUGGAGAUCCCGACUGUCCCAUUUUGGAGCUGUGCGGAUCCGGGGAGAGAUGGAAGUCCCGCGAGCGCUAGGCCUCUCGCCCUCAGGGCAGAACUUGGAAGCGGGAAGUCUGGACCCAACUUCCACCCCGCGCCGAGAAGGUGAUCGUAGUAUGAGCGGGGCACUUGAAGUCGUUUGGUUUUCUCCAGCACUCGGGCCUUUAAAGAGAAUCUGCUGCGAGACAGUGGGCCGUGUGUCAGUCCCGUCCCUUCCGGCUAAAGUGAGAGCUUCAUUCGGCAAUUUUGGAGUGGCUUCAUUAAAAUACUUUUGCCUGCCCCCUGCAUUGAAGAAUAUUUUGUCCUGCACCAGAAUUCCACAUCGGUCGUACUACUGAAGGGUAGCGACGUGGCCUAGUGGAAAGAGCAUGGGCCUCGGGGUGAAGACUUGAGUUCUAAUCCCCGC